CUCUCUUUUGUCCUCUUCCAUGGAUUCUUCUUCUCUUCUUCCUUCUCAAUGGUCUGAUCUUCCUUUAGAUAUGCUUGAGUUAAUCUCCGAUCAUCUUAACGACGACGACUCAUCAGACACCAUUGAUCUCCUCUGUCUCCGCUCUGUAUGUGCCACUUGGCGUCUCUUUCUUCCUCUCUCCAACAACAACAACAAAAAUCCUUUGUCUAAAUUCCCAAAGUAUCUUCCUUUUUGGUCAUCUUCUUCUCCUUCUUCAUCCUCUGGUUUCUUCAUUCUGAAACAGAGCACUGUCUAUGAACUCGAAGCUCCUUUGAAUCCGACUAGCUGGUUGGUUAAGCUUCAAGAGACAUCUCCAGGGGAAAUGCGAGUCUUGGAUCUCUUCUCAAACGACAGAAUCUGUUUCUUACCAGAGAAUUUCCCGGAAAAUAUCGAUUUGCGGGAGUUUCAUGUGAGAUUGGUUCGUCGAAAUUAUCGUAUGGAGUACGCAAAAAAUGGUGGUGAAAUGUCUCGUUUUUGGUCUUUAAAUUCCGACAAAGUUGUGAUUUUGUCUUCAGGGGAAGACUCAGCGAUAAUGGCGAUUCACAGUGGUGGGAAAUUAGGGUUUUUAAAAAGUGGAAACGAUGAAAGAUGGAAAAUUUUGGAUAAUUCGUGGAAUGUGAUUUACGAGGACAUAAUGUUAUACAGAGAGAACUGUUGCAUCGUUGUAGACGAUAAGGGUAAAACCGUAAUUUACGAUGUGGAUUUCAAGGUUUCGGAUUUGACUGAAGGUUUGGUCGGAGGAGGCGGUCACAAGAAGCAUCUAGUGGAAUAUUCCGGCGGAGAAGUGUUGCUAGUGGACAAAUACGUGAAACACGUUUGGUGCAAAUCGGAGGUUUCGAAAUCUGCGGUUGAGUUUAGAGUUUAUAAGCUGAAGAGAGAAGAGAAGAGAUGGGAAGAAGUGAGAGAAUUAGGAGAUGUUGCUCUGUUUAUUGGAGAUGACUGUUCUUUCUCCGUUCAGAUUCCGACCGGAGAUUUGGCCGGAGGUUUCAUAUUUUAUAGAGAUUAUAGGAAUGGAGGAGGAAGCAGAGGUGUUUGCAGUGACGGUGAUGGUGUCUUCAAUGUGGAAUUUGAGAUGCAGAGUGAUUUUUUUGAGAAUUUUACUUCUUCUUCAAUGGCUUCAAGAGAAGUAUCAACGAUGAUCAAACAAGGGUUUAUCGCAGACCCUUCUCUCUCUUUUUCUCCGUCAAGAAUCACAUCUCCGGUUAAACUCUCCUCCGCCUCUCCUCCGCCACCUCCUCCGCCGCCGCCACCGCCAAACGUAUCGACUCACUCAAACCCGACUCUUUUCGACAUGAUGUCAGACGAGCACAACCGCGAGCUACCACGGAGGAAAUCUCACGCGCGUGUGGCUCAAAUCUUGACGGAGUUCAAGAACGGCGUCGUUUACGGCCAUAGUCUCGGGCCAGGCGACGUUAAGCUGACUGUGGUGGGUAAAGACGGUUACAGAGUCACCAUGGAUGUCCAUAGGAAGGUUUUAUCAGAGAAGAGCAGGUUUUUCAUGGAGAAGAUGAAUUCUAGAAGAGAGAAAGGAGUUUCUCACAUGGUGGAGAUAAGUGAGUGUGAUGAUUUGGAGAUUUAUGUAGAGACUGUGGUUUUGAUGUAUAGUGAUGAUCUCAAGAAGAAGUUGAUCGGUGAAAAUAUCAUCAAAAUCUUGGCUUUACUCAAGGUUUCUGCAGCUAUCUCGUUUGAUGAAGGAGUUAUGUCAUGUUUGGAGCAUUUGGAAGCUGUUCCUUGGUCAGAAGAUGAAGAAGAGAUUGUUGUUUCUUGUCUUGAAGAGCUUCAUCUUCCUGAUGAUUCUGUCACUUUGAUUCUUCAGAGAGUUUCAUCUCAACCUUCCACUUCCUCAACGAGAACUAGAACUGAUGAUAUCUUCUUGAAGCUUCUCACUGGUGUUUUACAAGCCAAAGAUGAUAAAGCUCGGCGAGAGAUGAAAGUUUUGAUCUUUAAGUUGGUUAGAGAAGAAGCUGAUUAUGAUGUCUCUAAAGACACACUCUAUGGUUUGUGCCAUCGAUGUCUCACGUCUCUUGUGCUUUGCUUAUCUGAAGUGACCACACAGAUGAAUGAUCCGGGGAUAGACCGUGGUGCUCUAAUGGGAGAAAUCGCCAGAGAAGCUGAUAACAUGCUGUGGAUGGUAGAUAUAUUGAUUGAGAAGAAACUGUGCGGUGAGUUUGUGAAACUAUGGGCGGAUCAAAAGGAGCUAGCGAAUCUUCAUUCGAAGAUCCCAACGAUGUACAGACACGAAAUAAGCAAGAUCACCGCUCAGAUAUGUGUUGGUAUUGGUAAAGGAAGGAUCUUGGUGAACCGGGAGACUAGGUUUGCGGUUCUGAAUACAUGGUUAGAGGCUUUGUAUGAUGAUUUCGGGUGGAUGAGACGGUUAUCCUCAAGAUCUCUGGAUAGGAAAUUGGUGGAGGAUGGACUCAGCCAGACCAUAUUGACCUUGUCGUUGAGACAACAGCAGGUGAUUCUGAUGAAAUGGUUUGAUCGGUUUCUGACCAAAGGCGAUGAUUGUCCAAAUGUUCAGCGAGCAUUUGAGGUGUGGUGGAGAAGAGCUUUCAUAAGACAGGUCUUGACAGAGCCAGAUGCGCCGCAGCUGCAGAUUACACUCUAUGACUAACUCAAAAUAGAAUAAGAUUGUGACCCUCAAAAUGUCAAAUCUUUGUUUUCUUUCCUUUGAUAAACUGUUACUACUUAUGAAUUUCAAUGGGAUACCAAGAUUCAAAAGAAAGUGGCUCAAAGAUAUAUCGUCUAAAACAAUGAUCAGAACAGAGAGAAGAAAAUAAACUCGGGGCAAACAA